AUGAUUAUCAAGGUCACUAACACCCAAAACUUCACGACUUAUGACUGGGAAAUUAAUAUGGUAUUCGCUCAGCAAGCGCAUAUUGAUGCUUUUGCCCUAAAUAUGGCGUACGGUGACCCCACAAAUGAACCUUCUUUGGUUAAUGCUUUUGAGGCAGCCAGCGUUGUGGGGUUUCAGUUAUUCUUCUCCUUUGACUAUGCAGGAAAUGGCGCCUGGCCAAAGAGCACUGUCAUUGACCUGCUCACGAAGUAUGGAUCGAAUAGCCACUACUACCAAUACAAGGGGAAGCCCUUCGUGUCGACCUUCGAAGGGCCACAAAGUGCGUCAGAUUGGAUCGAUAUCAAGGAGCAGACAGGCUGUUAUUUCGUUCCUGACUGGUCUUCCUUAGGUGCCAAGGCGGCGCUUGAGGCUUCUCCAGGUGCCCCUGAUGGCCUAUUCUCUUGGGCGGGGUGGCCAUGGGGACCCAAUGAUAUGGAUACCUAUGUGGAUGCUUCUUACAUGCAGUAUCUAGACGGAAAACCGUACAUGAUGCCUGUCUCACCCUGGUUCUACACCAAUCUACCAGGGUACAAGAAGAACUGGCUAUGGAAUGGCGAUCGCCUGUGGUUCGACCGCUGGCAGGAAGUGAUGUAUCUUAAACCAGAGUGGGUUGAAAUCAUCUCAUGGAAUGAUUAUGGCGAGUCUCAUUACAUCGGGCCCUUGCACGAGAAUGCCUACGCUGCUUUCGAUAUUGGUGAGGCGACUUACAACUACGCUGCCGGCUAUCUACAUGACGAUUGGCGAUCAUUCUUGCCUUACCUGAUUAGUCUUUAUAAAACGGGCACGGCUACGAUCACAAAAGAAGGCGUCCAGGUUUGGUUUCGCAGAGCCCCAGCUGCAGCUUGCACCAACGGUGGAACCAGCGGCAAUACCGUAUCCCAAUUCCAGAUCGAGUUCCCCCCGACAGAGAUCCUAAAGGAUAGGGUCUUUUACUCAGCUCUCUUGGGAUCUCCGGCCGAUGUCUCUGUGAGCAUCGGAGGAGUCGUCCAGCAAGGAAGCUGGUCUGAUGCUCCAGAUGGCGGGAUUGGCAUUUAUCAUGGCAGUGUCCCGUUCAAUGGGAAUACUGGCCAGGUCGUUGUGACUAUCUCGCGUAAUGGUGCUGUCAUUGCAUCGAUGGAAGGUGAAUCAAUUGAUACUUCUAUUUGUCUGGGUGGCAUCCAGAACUGGAAUCCUUGGGUAGGGACCAUAUUCGCAGACACCACCAUUUCUGCCACCCCGGAGUUGAGGAUCAGUGAGCAAGUUUGCGUCAACGGGACCGGACCGAAUAAAUUUGCGCGACUCUGUGGAUUCAGUUGCUCUUAUGGAUAUUGCCCGGUAGGUGCUUGUGUCUGCACCGCUAUGGGCGAACAGAGACCCUUGCCCAAGCCCACGGGAGUCAAAGGUUAUCCCUUGGCGGGUGAAGACGCGAGCUACAGUGGCCUGUGUGAUUUCAACUGCAACUACGGUGAUUGUGACCCAGAGGCGUGUGGUACCACUGAGGUUGAGUUGACGGUCCCCACGGUGUCGGACUUCUCGCCCCCGGCGUGUGUCAGUGGAACGGGGGAAGGGAACCUGGCAGGUCUCUGUAGUUUCAGCUGUACAUACGGCUUUUGCCCGAUCAACGCCUGCACGUGUACGGGCGAGGGAGCCCUGGUGCUGCCUCCUCCGACACAGAAUGUGAGCGGCUAUGCAGGCACGGGACUGGACGCGUCUGUAUACGGGCCCCUCUGUGAGUUCACCUGCAGC